AUCGAAGUAACAGUUUUUAACAAGUGCUGGCACUGUAACCUCAAAAAAAUGUUUUGUUUACUUUUGCGCCGCUCUGCAGUUCAUAAUUCCUGCAAAUUAAUCAGUAAACAGAUUGCCAAGCCCGCGUUCUACACACCCCACAAUGCUCUGCACACCACAAUACCGCGGCGGCAUGGCGAGUUCGAAUGGCAGGAUCCCAAGUCCACGGAUGAAAUAGUGAACAUCACAUAUGUGGACAAGGAUGGAAAGCGCACCAAGGUCCAGGGCAAAGUGGGCGACAAUGUUCUGUACUUGGCCCAUCGCCAUGGAAUCGAGAUGGAAGGCGCCUGUGAGGCUUCGCUGGCCUGCACCACCUGUCACGUGUACGUCCAGCAUGAUUACCUGCAGAAGUUAAAAGAGGCCGAGGAGCAGGAGGACGACCUGCUGGAUAUGGCGCCAUUUCUGCGCGAGAACUCCCGGCUCGGCUGUCAGAUACUCCUCGACAAGAGUAUGGAGGGCAUGGAACUGGAGCUGCCCAAGGCCACCAGGAACUUCUACGUCGAUGGGCACAAGCCCAAGCCACAUUAACAUUAUUGUUAUAUCCCGCAUUAUUAAUAAUAUAUAACGACUGUUGAAUUACCAUUUGGUUCUUUCCCAACUUUGUAUAUUUCUUAAGAUGUAAACAAUGCUUCGGUUUUGUGUUGUUCCAUCGUGAAUUAAACUAAAGAAGAAUUCGUUAAGUUG